AUUAAUCUCAGUGACAAGGUUGUUGUAAGAUUAUAAUUUAUCAAAGCACUCUGUGUCUGUAUUAUCUACACAAAACGAAAGCAACACGGAUUUACCAGGAAGUAAGCGUAAAUUCAUUUUCGAAAAAUCCAAGAAGGUCGGAAUUUCCUAUAACUACAUAUUAAGUUUUAUUUCUUACAUAUCAUAAAGGAUAUACAUGCAGUCACACAUGUAGGCUUGUUUACUUGUGGAGCUGUUUCCCUGUGAAAGUUUUAAAACGUACUGCCAAAAUUGCAAAAGAUUGAUGCAUCACUCAGGCUGUGUUCGUGGCUUAUCAGUAUCGUCGGUGUAAGCAAAAAGGUUGAGCAUCGAUCCUUGAUUUCAAAACAUUUGACAAGAGUCAUUUGGUCUCCGUGACGUUGCUGAGUGUCUUUCAUGAAACAUAUCCUGUUUAAAACGAAAAACAAUCAUGGGACCCAACGAAUGUGACGAGUGUUGCUAUGGCUGCCUCUGCUCCUCUUGCGGAUACGUGUUCUGCUGCACGAAGAUGCAGAAAUCUACGCGUAUUAAGACCCUGUGGGCGUGGCUCUUCGUCUCCAUGACAACUUCGUGUCUCGUGCUCGGAUUUAUCGUGUUUUCUCCAGACUAUCCUCUCGUGGCGCCUUCAGACAUGCGGCCUAUCGUGAACAACGUCGACUUUCUGUUUUGUGAAGUUGUCAACGUUGUUUCUCCGGGCAUAACGUUUGACGGUUACGUCGUUUCCAAACAGAAUCUACAACGUCGAGCAAAUGAAACUUGGGACCAGAGGGCUGCGUUAUCAAUUGACGCUAGUUCGUUCAACUAUUUUUCAUUCUACUUUUUAUCAGGAUCGGAAAUACGAUUACAGCAUUGUUCACGUCUUUUCGUAACGUUUUAUUUCAUUCAAGGCCGUGAUAACUUUAACUUUUGGAAACAAUAUAGUGAUUGUAAUGACUGUUAUUUGGAGAAAAUUUAUAUACAACCAAGUGGUGAUGACUGUAGUGAUAUGUCACAAGCUAGUAAACUCGGAUGGAUAAUUCCUGACGACGAUGAAUAUUUCGUUAUCUAUGCGAGCUCGAACCUGGAUGCGACCUGGAUAAACGUUCAGUUUUACAUUACAAGGACUGUGUAUGAACUAGAAAAUGCAGCUAGUUUCUGCAUAAACGAGCUUGAAUGUAACAUUGUUCUUCGGCAACCAGAUGACGUUGCCGUUAUAUCCGUAAACCAAGGCAACAUCGGUCUGUUUAACCAUUCAAAAUUGACGACCAAAUGUGAACCAAGAAUCUGGGCUUAUCUGAUACUUCACGGAAUACCUGUAUUAAUACUCGGUAUUUUAUUCAGUAUUGUGAUACAAAAGUGUUGUCGAAAUCCCGACCAGUCACAUGACCGGCUGGACGAGACCACGUCACUACUUUACGGUCAAAUUUCCCCGCCCGAGUACAGGUACGUGGCACAGUCUCCGCCUAAGUACGAGGAUAUUGUCAGAGAUAUCGAUCCACCCUCAUACACUGAGGUACUGGUUAACAGUCACAUAGACGAACAAAACAUCGCAAGCACGACGCCAACGGAAGGCAGUCAAAACAAUACCUCUAUAGUUUUAAAUGGAAACAAUUAUUCGCAAUAUGGCAGCAAUAGUUUACCAACGGGAAACGAGAGAAGAACACGAAGUUUGACGGUAUCGGCCCGGAAUGUGGACACCCCGAGUGCACCCCCGGGCUACAUAUCACCCCGGUCCUGGUCAUUUCUUAUAGACAACGAACGCACUAGUGCAAGCAUAGUCCAUGGUGCUGUGGCCCGGACAGGGCGCCAAACAUUGACGCCGCCAGUUGGUGCUGGAAACAUACAAGAGGUGUCCGAUUAGUGCAAUAUUAGAAUAUAUUUUCUCACCUUGGUACAAUUUUCAGCGGCAGUGACAAAAAACUAUUUUGAUUUUCAGAUUUCUUGUAUUACUUAGUGUUUACAUGUUAAAAGUAUAUACAGUUUAAAUGAUUUCGUUAAAAUCAGUUAUUUGUUAUCGUGCAUUACUUUUUAUAACCAAAUGAUUAGAAAAUAGAUCAGUUUUUUUAUCUUUUCAAAAAAUACUAAUAUAUUUUAAUUAAUUAUACGAUAUGUAAAACAUAAAUAUUAUAGCUUCUAUGUAAAUAGAUAAACAAAACGUUUCGCAACAAAAUGACGGUUACAUGAGUUUUGACCAGAUUAACUGAUACUGUUUUGUCAUUUACAGUAUUAUUUAGUAGUGUGAUAUAUCACAUUUUAAUUCUUAACGGUUAAUAUUUAACUUCGAAAGAAAAUUGAACUUAA